CCGCAAUAAUUUCGAGUUUUUAUUUGUUUUUUUGCAGCUUCAGAAUGACCCUUCCAGCAUCUUUCGCUUCCGCUUCUGAAUAUUUCGAGGAGGUGCUUACAUUUCUGUCAGAAUAUCAACACUUGUACAAGUUUCCUAACACCGAUAUAUUAAUCGAAAAUGUUUUGGACGAGAUCCCAGCUAGUUCGGACGAUCUGGACGUUUACGACGAUCUAUUCGAUCUAAGAAAUGUUACCGACGAGUAUUUCACCAAUAUUUUUCCGAAGUUAGACAGAUUGACGCCAAAUUGUCAAGAUUUUACCGCGGACGAUAGAUUGGAGCUCGUAAUCGAUGUUCCUCUGAGCCUUAAAAAGAAACACGAAAUAGUUUACUUGGCCAACGAAUUGAGUAACGUUUGUGAACAGACCCGCUGUAACACUAUCGUAGAUUUUGGCUCCGGAUUGGGUUACUUGGACCAACAGCUAUUCGCGACUACUCACUGUCAGAUUUUGGGAUUGGAGUGCAACGAAAACCACUACGUCGAAGCUAAAAAAAGGCAAAGAAAGUACCACUCGGAAUCUACCGAAAAGGUCAAAUAUAUAAAACAUACGGUCACCGAGGAUUCGGUGCCUAGUUUAGAAGAAUUAAUCAGAAGCAAAUUCCCAAAUACGGACAAUUUUUGCAUAACAGGGUUACACGCUUGCGCCGAUUUGUCCGUCGACGCCAUGAACAUAUUUCUCAGGAUGCCCCGGGCCCGGUCUCUGGUCAUCAUGCCCUGCUGCUACCACAGAUUGGAAUCUAGGGAUGGCACUUUCAAAAACUUCCCCGUGAGCGAGUGCCUCAAGGCGGUGUACACCGAGCUAGGGGGAUCCGGGUUUCUGCGAGUUCCGUUCUUGAGACUGGCGACUCAGCCGCAGGUCAUAACGACCUCCAACAUCCGAGACCUGGUGUUUAAUCUCUUGGCUCGGGCGGUCCUUCAGUUGUAUGGACACAAACGAAAUUGUAAACUAAAAAGGAGGAAGAGGAAAGGCGUCAGAGUGAGGUCCGUCGAGAAUGAUUUUGAAAUGUACGUGCAGCACGUGGCGGCCGGCUUCUCCCUGGUUCCCGCCGACGCGGACCACGCUUCCUCGGCGGACGCAGAACUUGAGUUUUCUACUGACGAACUCAUUUCUAUGUGGAGCGAAAUAUCUUAUAUUUACACCAAACGAGCUGCUAUAUUUAUUUUGCUCCAGAACUAUUUACAGCCAAUGUUUGAAAAUGUCGUGCUAUACGAUCGUCUUUGCUACUUACGGGAAAACGGAGUUGAAAGUAUGUACAAAAGAAUUUUAAAUAACUCAAUUUCUCCGCGAUGUUUGUGCCUUAUAGCGUUUAAGAACAAUAAACAGCUCCAGUGAUUA